GACCCCGCCGGCUUCUCCGGAGCUAAGCUGGGACGCUGGGACGAGUCGCAGCCACCUGCUCCGGAGCGGAGGAGCCUGGGGMGCGGUCGCCGGCGCGUGGGUCCGUCAGCCCAGGGCCCCAUGGAGCUGCGGGCCGGCAACACCAGCUGUGAAAACGGUUCCCUGAUCAGUCUCUACUGCUCCUCCCAAGAAGUCCUGUGUCAGAUCGUCGGUGGCCUCAGCCAUGAGGUGCCUAACAAUGCCACCUUUGACAGCUGGCAGGAGAGGAUCAGAAAGAACUAUGGCUUCUACAUUGGCCUGGGCCUGGCCUUUGUGUCCAGCUUCCUCAUCGGCAGCAGUGUCAUCCUCAAGAAGAAAGGCCUCCUGCGACUUGUGGCCACAGGGGCCACUCGGGCUGUGGACGGGGGCUAUGGAUACCUGAAGGACUUGAUGUGGUGGGCUGGAUUUCUCACCAUGGCUGCUGGAGAAGUUGCCAACUUUGGGGCCUAUGCAUUUGCACCUACAACAGUUGUCACACCGCUGGGAGCCCUGAGCGUCCUCAUAAGUGCCAUCCUCUCCUCGUAUUUCCUGGGAGAGCGUCUGAACCUGCUGGGGAAGCUGGGCUGUGUGAUCUGCGUGGCUGGCAGCACAGUGAUGGUGAUACACGCCCCUGAGGAAGAGAAGGUCAAUACCGUGGUGGAGAUGGCUUCCAAGCUGAAAGACACAGGGUUCAUCGUGUUUGCUGUGCUUCUGCUGGUGUCCUGCCUCAUCCUCAUCUUCAUCGUCGCCCCGCGUUAUGGGCAAAGGAACAUCCUCGUCUACAUCACCAUCUGCUCCGUGAUCGGAGCCUUCUCCGUGACUGCCGUCAAGGGUCUGGGCAUCACGGUUAAGAACUUCUUCCAGGGGUUGCCAGUCGUCCGGCACCCCCUCCCCUACAUCCUGUCCCUCGUCCUGGCUCUGUCCCUCAGCACUCAGGUCAACUUCCUCAACAGGGCCCUGGACAUCUUCAACACCUCCCUGGUGUUCCCCAUCUACUACGUGUUCUUCACCACCGUGGUGGUGACCUCCUCGGUCAUCCUCUUCAAGGAGUGGUACAGCAUGUCUGCCGUGGACAUCGUGGGCACCCUCUCUGGCUUUGCCACCAUCAUCUUGGGUGUGUUCAUGCUCCAUGCUUUCAAAGACUUGGAAGUCAGCUGGGCCAAUUUGCCCCGCACGCACAGAAACCCUACGCCCCCAUCGCCCGCCCCAGAGCCCAGGGUUAUUAGACUGGAAGAUAAGAAUGUCCUUGUGGACAAUAUAGAGCUUGCCGGCACUCCAUCACCAGUGGAGAAGCCCAAAGUAUUUAUAAUCCAUUCUUAAAGCUCAGACUACAUGAGUGAGAGGAUGAGCCCAAUGGUGCAACCUGA